GGACCCCGUUGCGGUGGCUUCGCCGGCUUGCCCUGUCCCGAUGGCUUGAAAUGCGUAGAUGACCCGCGCGACGACUGCGAUCCCAAGCACGGCGGCGCUGACUGUAUUGGCGUCUGUGUUGGACCCAGGAUUGCGUGUGGAGGCUUAAAAGGAUUGAGUUGUCCCACGAAUUAUACCUGUAUUGAUGAUCCUACGGAUGGAUGUGAUCCGGCCAAGGGCGGAGCGGAUUGUGGCGGAAUUUGUAUUUGGAGUGGGGGGAUUUUGGAGGCUUGA